AUUGUCAGGCCAUAUCCCACCUGGCCACUUCCUCAACUUUUUUUCAAUUCUUAAUGCUCUGUUGAGAUUGCAAAAAUCAAAAUCAAACAUCUUGCGCUACUUCAAAGAAGCUUCCUUUGUCUUCCUUUCCGCCUCCACUCUCUGAAUUUUCCAUCUUUCUAUACAUACAUACAGUGUAUAUGAACCAGAAUGGUGUGGGCAUGAAAUUUUUGGUAUUAAUUUCGCUCGCAUGCUGUUGCUUGAAUAAUCCAAACCAGUGGGUCAGUUGAGUAUUCUCAUUUGCCUGCGGUUCUGAUAUGCUUUAUGUUUGGACAUCGUGACUAGAUUCAAUAGAUUGAAGUUAGCAGGUUUAACACUACAAAGGGGAGUGUUUUAUCUCUAUCUCUUAAAGGAGGGCUUAUUGUGUAAUGAUAUAGAAGUAUAGAAUCAAAGUUCUGUGUUUUCUGGACAUUAUAUGCAUUGUUGAGAUGGGAAGUUUUAAGAUGGGACGUACUGAGGAAAAGAUUGAUCUUGAAUGUGAUGAAGAGAUCCCUUUUAGCUCGUCUCCGGCAAGGAGUAAGAUGGAGACCUUGCAUUAUGAAACAUCUCAUAAUCACGUUGGAUCGCCUAGAAGUUCUUCGUCGUUGAGGUUCAUAAAGAAGAUGCAUCGUAUCAGCAUUCUCAGGAGUAUAUACAUUGUAAUCAUCAAAGCGAAGAUCAAUGUGUUGCUUCCUUUUGGACCCCUGGCAAUUUUGCUGCACUAUGUCACAGGGAAACAUGCUUGGGUCUUUUUCUUUAGUUUACUGGGCAUUACACCUUUGGCUGAGCGUUUGGGUUAUGCUACCGAGCAACUCGCAUUAUAUACAGGACCAACAGUUGGGGGCCUUCUAAAUGCUACUUUUGGAAAUGCAACUGAAUUGAUAAUUUCAUUGUUUGCGUUGAAGAAUGGAAUGAUGAGGGUUGUUAAACAAUCGUUGCUGGGUUCCAUUCUGUCGAAUAUGCUACUAGUGCUUGGAUGUGCCUUCUUCUGUGGUGGGAUUGUUCAUUACCACAAAGUCCAGGUUUUCAACAAGUCUACUGCUCUUGUGAGCUCGGGAUUACUAUUGAUGGCAGUCAUGGGCUUAGUCUUCCCCACAGUGCUUCACUUCACCCACACAGAGGUGCACUUUGGGAAGUCUGAGUUAGCUCUCUCGAGAUUUAGCAGUUGCGUAAUGCUAGUGGCAUAUGCCAGCUAUCUGUUCUUUCAGCUCAGGAGUGAAAGCAAUCUGUCCGGUCCAACUGACGAGGUGGGAGAAAAUAAUGCCGAAGAUUCUGAUGAAGAAGAGAUCCCUGAGAUACAGCAAUGGGAAGCUAUUGGUUGGCUUGCGAUUUUGACGCUAUGGAUUUCUGUUUUAUCCGGGUAUCUUGUUGAUGCCAUAGAGGGAGCAUCUGAGUCAAUGAACAUGCCUGUUUCUUUUAUAAGUGUCAUCUUGCUUCCGAUAGUCGGGAAUGCUGCAGAACAUGCAAGUGCGAUCAUGUUUGCGAUGAAAGACAAGCUUGACAUCUCGCUUGGAGUUGCAAUUGGUUCGUCUACUCAGAUAUCGAUGUUUCUGGUUCCGUUUUGCGUAGUUGUUGGAUGGUUCAUGGGAAAGGAUAUGGACUUGAAUUUCCAACUAUUCGAGACUGCUACACUUUUUAUUGCGGUUCUAGUGGUGGCGUUUAUGCUGCAGGAAGGGACGUCAAACUACUUUAAAGGUUUGAUGCUUAUCCUGUGCUAUCUCAUCGUUGCUGCAAGUUUCUUUGUACACAAUGAUCAAUCAAGCGAUCAAGUGUAGCAGCAUCUCCACGACGCCCCAAUCAAACGAAGUGCUUGUUUCCUGCGUAGGAAUAUGUUGUAACUGCUGAUUCUGAAGCGGCGUUGAGUUUGGAAUUCGGCCCACCAUAAUGAUGAGCCCGAACGUGGAGUGGGAUGGAGAAGCGCACUUUCGUCCAUCUCAAAUGCUUCGGGGGGCCAUUGUGCUGUUGACUCCAAAACAUUUUUUCCAUGUUGUAUCCCUGUUUACCAGAAAAAAAAAAUGGCAAUUCCUGUUUCUUCCCAACAAUGAAAAACAGAAAGGGGUGAAGAGGCAGGAUUUGCCACAGUUCUUUUUGUAUCCCCACAAAAAAAAAAAAAAGUGGAAAAACCAGACCUUAAUGUUAUAUUCUAUUCCAUAUUGAUUCUGGGUUUACAGGGCUAUUGCAGUGUUUGGUAGCU